AAGUAAAUGGUGACAAACUAUUUAUUUGGGUUGGGUAAUAGUUUGUAAAUCCGCAAUAAAUAAUGUAAAAAAAUUUAAUAAUUUUUUUUUCAGUGCACUGUAUUAUUAUGAGAUGCUAAUUUAUUUUAAUUGUAUUAAACGUUUUAUCUGAGCUCUUAUUUUACUAUACAUGUUCUUUAAGUUACUUUUCAUGUUGAGGUGAAGAUGGAGCAGUGUGUGGGAGGGAUGUGGAAGUGAUGGAGGGAGAGAGACGGAGGGGGAGGAGAGCCACACACAGGCACACACACACUGCUGAUGUUCAACUCUCUCCUUCAUUCAUUUUCCUCCAGUCUGUGACUGACGUGACUUACAGCCGGCUGCAGAGCCUCAUCGGUGUGCAGUCAUGAUUCGGGUCUGUCCGCUGUGUAUUCUUUUGUUUGCGCUGCUCUUCAUGUGUAUGGACGCUCGUCCUGGAUCAUCAGGGCGCUCAAGACGUGCCCCUGCUGCCAAAGUGCGACUGGCAGGCAUUGGCCACCAAGAAAACGAGGGACGUGUCGAAGUCUUGCACAACGGGACAUGGGGAACUGUAUGUGACGACGAGGUCGACAUUAAACUGGCUAAUGUGGUUUGCAGAGAACUGGGAUUUCAAAGCGGCAUCACGUGGGCUCACAGUGCCAGAUACGGAGAAGGAGAGGGCCCCAUUUGGAUGGAUAAUGUGAGAUGUGAAGGAACGGAGAAAGCUCUGAGAGAUUGCAGGUCAAACGGAUGGGGCGUUCAUGACUGCAAACACUCGGAGGAUCUCGGGGUGGUCUGCAGUCCAGAGAGAAGGCUGGAUCAAACAUAUCCUGGAGUCUCCAGAAGAGGGCACACCAUCGCACUCAGACCAAACCCAGUCACGUCCAACCGCUGGCAGGACAUUUACUCCAACCCGAGGACACCUGCGCAUCUCAGACAGGGCAAUGGACACUCACAGGAUCAAACCAGAUGGGAUCAGUUAUCCAGACAGCAACUUCCUAAUCCGUCUGCCAGUCGGGUAAGGAUUGAAGAAGUCCGUCUCAAGCCAGUCCUCAUGGUUACAAAGCGCCGUGCCCUCAUCACUGAGGGUGUGGUGGAAGUAAAGCAUGCUGGGAGAUGGAGACAGGUGUGUGAUAAAGGCUGGAGUCUGAACAGCAGCAGAGUCGUGUGUGGGAUGCUUGGCUUUCCUGACGCGGAGCAGCCCAACAUGAACACCUACAAGAAAAUAUGGGAUAAAAAAGUCAAGGAUUCAACAACCAGAUUGAGUCAGAUGGCUAAGAAGAAGGGAUUCUGGGUUGAGAAACUUCAUUGUUUGGGCACAGAGCCCAGUCUGGCUGAGUGCCACACCCAGCUAUCAAUCCCUCGAAGCCCCGCCCCCUGCAAGAAUGGUCGCUAUGCUGUGGCCCGCUGUGUCCCAGGACCACAGUUUGCCCGUAUGUCCUCUGGCAGACCGCAGGCACCUCAUCCUGUCCAGCUGUCAGUGCGUCUGAAGGCAGGGCCGCGUCUGGGAGAAGGCCGAGUCGAGGUUCUGCGUGAGGGAAAGUGGGGAACCGUGGUUGACCACCUGUGGGACCGUAUUUCAGCCAGCGUGGUGUGCAGAGAGCUGGGCUUCGGCACUGCCAAAGAGGCUCUGACUGGAGCUUACAUGGGUCAAGGGACGGGACCGAUCCACAUGAACUCAGUGCGGUGCGCGGGCACAGAGCGCUCUAUUUUAGAUUGUUUCUUCCAGGACGUCCAGCCCUGGACCUUCAAACACAACCGGGACGCUUCUGUCAAGUGCUACGUUCCUAAGACGGGUGUGGAGAAUACGGUGCGUCUGGCGGGCGGCCGGGACCCAGCAGAGGGUCGCGUGGAAGUGCUCAUGGAGGACGGCGGUCGAAAACAUUGGGGGACGAUCUGCAGUGAGAACUGGGGAAUAAAUGAAGCCAUGGUGGUGUGCAGACAGCUGGGCUUUGGUUUCGCUGCUCGCGCCCAUCAGGAAACAUACUAUUGGCAAGGAGACCCAGCGGCAGAGGAAGUGGUGUUGAGUGGCGCUCAUUGUGUGGGAACAGAAAUGUCAAUCCAGCAGUGCCGUCGCAACAGUUAUGUCCACUGUCCUCGAGGAGGCGGAGCCAAAGCAGCGGGCGUCACCUGUUCCGAGACUGCACCUGACCUGGUUUUGGAUGCGCAGCUGGUUCAGGAGAGCUCUUAUCUGGAAGACCGGCCUCUGCAUCUGCUCACCUGUGCCCAUGAGGAGAAUUGUCUGUCCUCAUCUGCCAGCCGCAUGCAGUGGCCGUACGGGCAUCGCCGUCUGUUGCGCUUCUCCUCCCGGAUCAUGAAUCUGGGUAGAGCCGACUUCCGGCCACGGGCUUCAAGGGAGUCCUGGACCUGGCAUCAGUGCCACAGGCAUUAUCACAGCAUUGAAGUGUUUACGCAUUAUGAUCUGCUCACUCUCAAUGGGAGCCGAGUAGCAGAAGGACACAAAGCCAGUUUCUGUCUGGAAGACACCUACUGUCCUGAAGGACUUCAUAAACGCUUUUCAUGUUACAAUUAUGGCGAUCAAGGCAUUUCAGUAGGCUGCUGGGACACGUACAGACACGAUAUCGACUGCCAGUGGAUAGACAUCACUGACGUGAGGCCCGGAGACUACAUCAUGCAGGUUGAGGUAAAUCCAUCGCUGGACAUGGCUGAGUCAGACUUCAUGAACAACGUCAUGCGCUGUCGAUGUAAAUAUGAUGGACACAGAGUGUUUAUGUAUGGCUGCCAUGCAGGCGAUGCCUACAGCGCUGAAGUUGAGGAUUUAUUUGAACAUCAGCGUCAGAUCAGCAAUAACUUCAUCUGAGACUGAGGAACAGAGGUGAGAGGAGAGGAUUGUGGACAAUAAAUAUGGUGCAAGACAAAGAGAUUUCUCAGCUGAUCUCAGAACAGUCCACCAGAUGCUCCACCGAGUGGAAGCUAUAUAUAUAUAUAUAUAUACGUGUACACCAUCAAACUGUGCAAUUGAAUUACGUCUAGUAGAUUAACAAAUUAUUUAAUCAAAGGAACAUCGUUUAGAGGAUUAGUUCACCCCAAAAAUACUUAUUUACUUUCCUUUUUUAAUAAAAUACUGGUUGUUGCUUUCCAGCUGGUUGCAAUGCAAUGAAUCCAACCCUAGAUAUUUAAGAUUCAAAAAAGAUACAUAACAAGUCCUAAAAUAUGUGUAUUUUCACAGACAUCGAAUAUCUCUUUUUCACUUUUGAGAUGUAAAAUUAAUUAUAGCUUUAUUUUAAGUCAGUCUUUUCUUGAUCAUUUUGUGUCAGAAGACUUGGAAUAUACUUUUAUACACUGAAAAAACUGGUGCAUGAUUUACUUUCAGAUUUUGUAUUUACCAGCAGAAAUAUAUUACAAAAUGAGCUUUUGCACCAAGUAGUUAUAGGAACUAGCCACCGGUCCUCAAGAAAUUUCUCCUUUAAUCAUUUAGUUGCAUUAUUAGCAUCUUGAACAUGAGCUCUGAAAUAACACAUGCCAGCUGACAGUAGCAUUUAACUCAGUCAACUAGAGGAUGGCGGAUGCUGUGGUUUUAUUGUGUGUCGAUGGUUUCGUAAUUUCAGAGAUGAAUUGUUGACAUGAAAGUUAUGGGAUUAAAAAAAGCAGAAAGUAUUACUAAGAUUUCAAUAACAGAGAAAGCAUUUUUGUGUCUAAAAUGUGGGAUGCAGGGCAUUAGGAAUGGUAUUAAAAAAAGGUAUAAAGCCCAGGACACACUUAGCUGUCAAAGAACUAGCGGUGAUGAAAAUCAACUGUUAUCACUUUCCAUUUACUGUGUCUGGUUCCAUCUGGACCAAAAACUUGAACUUAGUUCUUCUAAAAGGCAUUCCUUCACCUAAAAUAUUUCCUAGUUCCUGUGGUGUGAUUUGUGCAAAGAUGCCAAAAAGUAUGUACUUUUGCCAAUAGUUCUAAGAACUAUGAAGGCUUUUGUCUGGUGUCAAAGCCUGUAAUGAUACAACAAUUAGCCCUUUGAAUUAACCAUGAACAUUUAAGUUUAAGUAUAGUUAACUUCCAGGUAGCAAAUAAUUCUGGCUCAAAUUUGGCAUAAAUCUGGCACUGGCAUACAGGAUGUGGGCCAAACAUGGCCCUGGUUUGACAGAGGUGGUACUGUCUUAAGGUGGCACACGAUAAUUGGCACAGAUGUAAAAUGUAGUAUUUGGCCCAGUUGGUAAUAAUUGAUAUGUGGGCCAUGUAAGUUUGGCCUAUCUUGACCCACAUUUAAAAUAUAUUUUUAUUAUUUUCUACUAAUCAGGUUGCUUUGAGAAAAAGCACACCCAAAGCAUGCCUAAAGCGCAAUGAUUCAUGGGUUUAUCAGUUUCAUUGGAGUCGUGAUACACCAACAUAUCUGGCCCAGUUCGGGCUCAGUUAUGGGUUAUUAACUUGGCUGACACUUGGCCCAGAUAUGGUCCAUGUUUGACCCUUGUCUGGAAGCCAGGCUUGGUCCAGUCAUGUACCAUAAUUCACUGCAGCAUGUGGGCCAAGCAAAAGCUGAAUGUGUGGGCCAGAGCUCGGCCAAAUAUAUCACCUUUUGUGUUUUACAAAAGAAAAAGAAGUAUAUUUUCAGGUGAACUGAUGAACUGUUCCUUUUAUUAUCCAUCGAGUAACUGAGGGUGUUUUCCCAACACUAAGCAUUGUUUGUGUUGUUCAGUAAGAUCCAAUGGAGAAAAUGAAAAAACUUCAUGAAAGAUGUUGUUCUUGCAUCUUUGUGUUCUCACAGCAUCAAUGGUUGUCAAACCAGGCCCAAAUGUAUAGUUUUCUUUUUUUUUUUGUACUUUUGGUUUGAAAAAAACAAACCACAAGAACGGAUCUACAAGUGUGAACAGCCAAAGUUCCUUGCAGCUGUUGUGAAGUGAUCAUCCUGUAAAACUGAAACAUUAUGCUAAAUUUGUAGCUUUUGAGACCAUGAGACUAGCAUUAGAAAAAAUCUAAUUCCUUACUGUAGUCUAUGUGUACCCAUAUAUUUAUUUCAUUAUGCUAUCCGUAUAAUGUUUAAUUUUCUAUUACAAGAUAGUCUGAACAACAUUUUACAGGAAAAUACAUUUAAGACGUUUUUAAUAUCACCAAUAUGGUCUAUUUUAUAUGAAAUCCAGAUGGAGUGUCUCUAAUUUUACUGUUUUUUUUAUGAAUACCUAAUUUCUUUUUAUACCCAAUUACUUUUAUUUAGAUUCAUGCACUUUAUUGAUGAACCAUCAGUAUUCCGGUACAAAUAUACUAACAUCUUUCAGCGCGUGCUUCUGAUAAUUUGUUUAUUAAAGUAUUUAUACUUGCUUUCCUUUUUUAAUAGACCUUUCUAUAUUUUAGGCGACUUUCCUGAAUCCUGAAGGAUGUUGUAAAUGCUGAAGAUUAAUUUAUUUUAAUACAUUGUAAAACAAAAUUUCUGGAUGAGAGUUUUAUUAGUUUGAUAAUUCAUAGUACUAUCAAUAAGUGCUUGCGAAAUGGUUGACUGCUUUUAUAUUCAUUUAACAGCAGUGGGUGAAUGGAGCUUGUUUUCUUAUAGUCUAGCGUGUACUUGAAGCUUUUUUCUUUUAACAUCUAUGAGUACAGUUUCGACUUAUGAAGUGAUGUUGAGAAUACCCUGUAUAAAGUGUAAAGCUCAUUGCAGCAUUUUAUGAUGAGCUAAAAUCUAGCUUGAACUCAUUUAUGGCCCAAAGCAUUACAUGUAUCCCUAAAGUAGCGAAACCUUUUGUCUAUAUAUAUUAAAAAAAAAGACACUUUUCUUAACUGUACUGUAUCAGUCUUAAGGUUUGCAAUGUACAUUAUACUGCACGUUGGCACAGUAUAAAAUGUGCAUGACAUGAAUAGAAUCGUUCCUAAUGUUAUGUCAAAUCAUCCUGUUAUUUAUCUUCAAGUAUUCAAUCGUUGAUUUUUAUCACAGUAAGUGAUUAUUGUGGCCAUUUUCCCUUAUGUACUUUACAUUUUCACAAUCUCUGUAUUGUUUAGCUUUAUUAUAACCAUGUUACCCUUGAUCUCUUUUUAUCCAUGACUUUAUUUAUGAUUCUCAUUUUACUGUGUGCUCUUAGAAUUAUCAGUGCAUAAAUUGUUUCAUAAUUGGUCCGUAAUACAUAUAAUCCUCUGGUGCUAUUUGUGCAAUUUUUUUCUGGGAGUUUUCCAUGUAUUAUUUGAGAGUUCAUAAGCUCUUAAUGUAGAUCACAGUACUCUCAGGGAUAAAAUAUGUAUCUUUGUUUUUCUUCCAGUUUGUUUAAAAUGAUAUAUUAUGAUCAGCCAGGACAGAUGUAAAGUUCUAACAAUAUCAUUCCGCACACUGCAACAUGUUAUUGUUUUGUGAUGGGUGUUACAGUAGUGAGUCGAUGCGAACAACUGAUCUCAAAUGUGAAUGAAUAUCACUCGUUGGGUCUCAUUUAGCUGCCUGUUCUCUGUUUUUCUGCUCAUGAUCCAUUGCACAGAGACUCCAUUAUCAAUAAAUGUGUGUUUGUGAAAGUC